CCAUAUCCACCUAAAGGCUAAAGCUAGCGACUCUUCUUCUUCUUCUUCUUCUUCCUAUUCUUCCGGCCAAUCUCCACACCCAAAGUUCGCCCAUCUUCGAUACUCCUUAAAGCCAAUGGCGGCUAUAAGUUCUCUGGUGGGAAGCAUUUCCCAAAUUGGUCCGACAAUAUGCAGAGAUGAUGGUUAUUCAAAAAGGCGGGCGAAGAAUUCUGUGGUUUCUAUUAUUGGCCCUCGUCUACCCUUAUUUUCUUCUCAGACCAGACGUCUGCUUCAAGUUGGUCCGGGUAAAUCAAUUUUACCAAGAAAGAAGAGGAAUAGUUGGGAACAAUGUAUCUCCAUAUUUGGAGAGCCUUUGACUGGAGCACCUUUUUCACGAAAGUAUAACGGCAUUUCUAGCUCUUUUUGCCAAAGCAGAAGCUCUUCAUGGCAAAGUAGAAGUUGUCUUCGCCUCAGGACGUCCACACCAAGUGCCUUUCCUGACAGAACUUCUUUCUGUUUAUCCAACCGUAAACUUGAGAAGGCUUUUGUGAAGGAUCUGCAUAUUCCAUAUGCAACCGUAGGUCCAGAUGAGCCACAUGCAGCAAGUACAUCUUGGCCAGAUGGUAUUCUUAAGAAACAGGAGCCAAUAAGACAUGUGAUUAGUUUCAAUUUUGGCAUAUCUCCUUCUGAUAACAACUCUCUCUUUGAAACUUUAUAUUUUUGA